AUUUCUCGGCUUCAGAACUCGGCGUCUGUCAAUUGAACACAACCUUUCCCCCCGCAGUCCCACGACGAUCUACCUACUCGCGCAAAAGCGACCCAGCUCGUCCCCCUGCGCACGAGCGCUCUUGUACUGAGCACCGCCUCACUGCCAUGUCAUCUGCGGCUCCAGUUCCUGCCGAGCAGGCUCAGCUCAGGCCCUCUUUUGCAAAGGUCGCGGCCUCCGCUAUAAAACCUCACACCCCCAGAGACGUUGCUCCUAAAGCGAGACCACCUGUUGCGACACCUAAAAUUCCUGCUCAGCCGCAAAAAGCGCGCUCUGUUCCUGUUCACGCGGAGACACCGAAAGUGGUCGUGGAGAGAGGAGAGGUCAAAGUCGCGAACCAGGCUGCUGGUAACACAACCUCACCAGUUGUGCCGAUGGCUGUUACUCCAGCCCAGUCUCCUUUGCCUUCAGUCAAUGUGCAUCGAGGGGAGAUCGAAAGACCGCAGUCAAUUGCAGUAGUCAAGGUCUCCGUCGCAGAAGAUAGCAGCACUCAGCUGUCUUCGUCAGAUGGGUCUGGCAAGCUCCCCAGUAUUGACGGAAAGAGUGUCGCAUCUGCCACCACCUUUGCACUGGACGAAAAAGAGUCGCUUCGACCUGACGACAGCGCUAGCCUGAGGGCGGUCGAGGAAGAGGAUGUAACGUCUCCUCCAGACUCGGUCAUUGCGGACUCCCGACAGGGCUCCGAUAAUGGCGCUGCUCGCGCGUUUCGAGAUCAGUUGCAUGAAAUAGCUGUCAUGAACCCCCAGCCUCACCGAGGCGUCCCACCCGGGCGGUUCCCAAAUAUGCCCAAUGGCCCACAUACUCUCUACGACCCGAGCCAGGCGCCGAACGGCGCCAGACCAAUGUCGCAGCCCCUUGUUAAUGGCUUGCCGCCAAUGAACAGUGGCCCUAAUAUGCCAGCUAUCCCUGACGAGAAGCUCAUUGAGGCGCUACAGUCUCCGCGUGAUCGUUUGUUCGUGGUUAAGAUUGAGCAGGACUUCAUUGACUUCAUCAAAGAUCCUCGUGAAACAGAAUACUCUCUGCCCAAUUGCAAUACUUUCUACAGAAUGCUCGCCCAUCGUCUUGCAGACUAUUACCUGCUUGGUCAUGUAGUCGACACUACCAUGACUGGCGUCAAGAUCACACGCACUCCCUAUUGUAGAAUCCCACCCCCUGUCUCACAAAUGGUCGAUCCUGCCAAGGGUGCAAGCACCCCUCCAGUAGAACUUCCAGCGCGUAAAAUCAUGCGCCGUGAUGACGGCAAAUCAGGAACUAACACCACAGCUAAUUCACAGAACCCAUCGAAGACGACGUCUGAGGUAGGAGGCAGUGAUGGCAGUAACGACGGCAGCGAUGGCAAAGAGAAGGACAAGGGCACUCUCACUCGAGAAGAGCGUGAGGCUCGGUAUCGCGAGGCCCGGCAACGCAUCUUUGGCAAUGCUGAGAGCGACGAGAACGACACGGCUGAAGGGAUUGGGUCAGGAGAAGAGAAGGAGAAGGAAAACAACAUGUCGAGGUCAAGCUCAGCAUCGGGCAAGAGGAAGAUCAAGAAACAGCGCAACUACGAUGAUGAUGACUUCCAGGCACGGUCUCGCUUCAAUGCAUACUACCCGCAGCAGUACCCCGUUUCAGGUUACUCCGGAGAAAACGUGGUUUACUAUAACGGCUUCCCAGCGCCCACACAGAACUCGCAGUACCCUAAUUUGAACCCAGGAGCCUCUCCACCGCCAACGUACAGUAACCCGUACCCGGGUAUGGUGUCUCCGGAUACCCAGCCACAAUACGGUUGGCCUGGGCAACAAUAUCAGCCUUCGAAUCCAUCCAUGGUGUAUCCCGGAUACGGACAGGCGCAGAAUAGCUAUGAUCUGUCAACAGACUUCCAGCGGGGUAUGUCCUCGUUUCAAAAUGCAGGUGUGCCUUCGCAGGUAACCCCUAAGAUGGCCAACCCUCAGAUGGCUCCAUAUCAAGAUCCAUAUCAACAGCCUCAGCACAUGCCCAUGAACUCAGCAUGGCCUCAGAUGGUCCCACAGGCUUCCUAUCCUAUGGCUCAAGGUUCAUAUGCCCAACCCGGGCCCGGAAAUCGCCCGUUGUCUGCCCCGCAUCAAGCCCCAAUGCCUGGACCAUAUCCAUAUGGCCAAUUCCCUUCGAACGCCUAUAAUGGCAAGCCUAACCGCAACCAACACCCUAUUCCUGGAAGCUACAACCGCCAGCAGUUCAAUCCACAGACCCAGGCUUUCAUCCCAGGCGGCCGUAAUAUGCCCUACCCCAUGCAGCCAAACAUGGCUCAAGUGCCACCCCAGAUGAAUGGCUAUGGUGGUUUCCAGAUGCCUAGCCAGAAUCUCAUGCCCGCCCAACUACCUAGACUCAGUCCUCCAGCCACUAGCACGCCUUCAUUUGCAUCUCCUCAGGUCAUGCAAGGCAGUAACUCUGCCACGUCUAUGAACAGAAUUGCGUCGCAGCCUGGAGAUCCAGCGUUGUCACAAAGCAGCAUUGCUAAAUACGGAACGCCUUCGCACCUCCCGGCAAAGCCACCUGCGCCUCUACCGGCUCAACAAUCUGCUCCCAAAUUCACACUGCCUUCGAUGAGUCGCGUUCCAAGCAACAUGUCGUCUGGAUUUGUCAAUAACACUACCUCUAAUUAAUGGCUUCAUGAUCUGGGCUUUAGCAUGGCGACGGUGCUCCUCAUUUCCUCAUUGCAAUUUUCUUUUGGCGGGUCUCGGAUAGGCUGGAAUAGGGGCACUACGGCGUUGCUGCUAUAAUUUGUUUAGUGCGCUGUAUGUGCAUCCUAGGGCCCCUUAAAAUCCUCACGAUAAUCCUUUGGUCACGUUGUAGGUUUUAGGGAAAUGACAAAAAGUAGUCUCUCACGACGGAUAAAGGUUUGGGAGGCAUCUUCGUAGUCAACGUAAUGAAGAAGAUCCUAUGAUUCUUCCUACGGCAUGUCCUCUGAUUCGUGACGUGUCUGCCAUGUAAAACUCAUGAUAAUUUGCUUGGUUACAGCUUUUGCAAUAACCUCAGCUACA